AUGUCUGCAGGAAGCGAUACUGGACUGUUACUGUCAAAUGAUCAAUUAAAACAAUGUCGAAUAUGUUUAGACACUGACAAUCCUGAUGAUAUCAUAAGUCCAUGUUUAUGUACUGGUAAUUCAGCUUAUGUUCACAGAACAUGCCUAAAUUAUUGGCGAGCAGAAAAUAAACGUGGAAAAGGACUACCAGUUGUUGAUCGAUGGGGUGGUUGGUUCAAUGAAUCAAAAAGUAAACCUUAUGAGAAUGUUACAUUACAUAUUCCGUUUUCAACAACAAUAGGUUCAGUAGCUACAGCUGUUUCAUUAUGUGUUCAAAGAGGAGCUGGUGGAAGUAUUCUUUUUCCUGCUCAAGGAAAAAAAACUUGUAUUUGCUUAUAUUGUCAAUAA